AUGAGUUCGUCAAAUUACAAUGAAAAUGACAAAAUUUGGAGUGGAGAAAAACAACAAAUAAUCUACAAUUCUUAUAUGAAUGCAGGUCAAUUGAUAUUAAAUGUUUUGAAAAACACUCCAGAACGAAUUGCACAAAUAUCUGCUGACACUAAUUCUUCACUGACAUGUCAUGAGAUGCGUGUGAGAACGGUGAAAAUCGCUAAAUAUUUAAGUUCUUUCGGGAUCAAACAAGGCGAUGUUGUUGGAAUUGUUGCGUCAAAUACUGAGCAUUUAGCACCAGUUGUGUUUGCUUGCCUUGUUUUGGGAUAUCCCUUUAAUCCCUUGGCGCCAGUAAUGACGGAAUUCGAUAUCACUUACAUGUUUUCAAAAACAAAACCAAAAUUAAUCAUUUGUGACUCAACUGUAGUUAAAAUAGUACAGAACGCGGUUGAUACGAUUAGAAAUAAUGCGCAAAUUUACACUCUCAUUGAUAAAGUUGAGGGAUAUGAAUUUAUUGAUGAUAUGUUGUGCACUGAAGUUGAUGAAACGAAGUUCAAACUUCCACACGUUGAACACGCUGCAAAUUCCAUCGCAAUCAUUCUUUGUUCGUCUGGCACCACAGGUCUACCAAAAGCUGUUUGCAAAUCCCAUUCACAGAUAAUAAAUAUGAUAUUUCCAUUAUGGAAUUUAAAAAAAUCCAAUGAACAAGAAAUUUUCUUCAACUUUUCAACGCUUUACUGGGCGACUGGCGUAAUAUUUUUGUUUAUGAGUACAUUGUAUGGUGGCAGGAGAAUCAUCACAAGAAGAUCUUUUGAUCCUGAUUUGUUGAUUGAAAUUUGUAAUCGAUAUAAAGUUACAACAGUUCUUGCACCUCCAUCUUCGAUUGCUGGCAUGCUACAAAGUAAAAAUAUGAAAAUACUUAAAAGUGUUGAAAUAUUCAUUGGAACUGGUGGAAUUGUUGGGAAACAACUUUGCAAUGCUUUCGCCUCUUACUUACCCAAUGGAAUAAUUUGUACUGCUUACGGUUCAUCAGAAGCAGAUUUUAUUUCACUUUCUUUCAAUGAACAACGAGAAAAUUCUGUUGGAAAAUUAAUUCCGAAUAUUCAAAUCAAGAUCAUUGACGAAGCUGGAAAUAAUCUUGGUCCGAAUAUCAAAGGCGAAAUUUGUGUUAAGCCAAAGGAACUAUUUCUCGGCUAUCUCCAUGAACCUGAGAUGACAAAGCAAGGAAUUAAAGAUGGUUGGAUUCAUUCAGGCGAUAUUGGAUAUUUUGAUGAAGACGGCUUUUUGUAUGUCGUUGAUCGAAUUAAGGAUAUGCUUAAAUUCAAUAGUUUUCAAGUUUAUCCUUCUGAAUUGGAAACUAUCGUAAAUGAAAUUGAUGGCGUCAUUGCUUCAUGUGUUGUGGGAGUUUACGAAGAACAUAAAGGAAAUGACUUGAUAUUUGCUUUCAUAAUCAAAGAUCCUUCAAACCAUGAAAUUACCGAAGAAACAGUGAUGAGCUAUGUCCAUGGUAAAGUUAUGCAUGCAAAGAAAUUGAGAGGCGGUGUUCACUUCAUUGACAAAUUUCCAACGACACCAUCAGGAAAAAUCAAAAGAGUGGAAGUUAAAGAAAUCGCACAAAAUAUUUGCAAUAAAAUGAAUUUUAUUGAUUAA